CGCGGGGUGGUUUGUUCGUGGAUGCUUCUGGAAUGUUUGGAGCGUGGCUUCGUCCCAAUUUCGCAUUCGAAUCUCGAUCCUUCUGGAAUCUCCUUCGCCUUGUGGUUUCCUUUUGCUUCUGCAGUGUCCAAUCAGAGUCCCUCCUAGUAACGCUUUGCUUAGCCACCAAGGAUGGGGUAGUCUGGUCAACUCACUGCCCAUUGUUUCUCAGCAUAAAGCGCCCCCAAGCCCGCCCUCGGUUCUCCCUCCCACCUACAUUCUUUGUUUUUGAUUAUACCGAGAUCGAGAGAGAGAGAGAGAGAGAGAGAGAGAGAGAUUCAUCAAUGGAGCGGGGCAAUUACGGACGUGGAAGGGGCCGUGACGGCGGCGGAGGAAGGCGCGGAGGGAGAGGACGAUUCGGCGGCGGCGGCGGCCGAGAUCAACAGCAGCAGCACCAGUACUAUCAGCAGCAGAGCCAGUACCACCAGCACAAUCAAGGCGGCGGCGGCGGCCGCGGAGGCCGAGAUCAACAGCAGCACCAGCACUACCAACAGCAGGGACAGUACAAUCAGUACAAUCAAGGCGGAGGGGGCCGAGGAACUGGAGGCCGAGGAGGAGUGGGUAGAGGUCUCAGUUACGCUGCUGCUUCGGCUGUGCAACCGCCUCAGCCGCCUGCUCAGCAGUGGGGCCCUCCUAGGCCCUACGGAUCAGCCGGCGAGAGCUCAGCCCGAGGCGCUUGGGGGCCCGGCCCUAGGGCAUGGCGUCCUGCUACUCCCCCUGCCCCAGCUCUGCCAGAUAGAGCUCCCGAACCUCCUGCUACUCCCCCUGCCCCAGCUCUGCCAGAUAGAGCUCCCGAACCUCCUUCAACUGAUUUCCAGUCACCGAAGAUAUCAGAACAUCCAUCUGCAUCAUCCCUCCCUCGAACUCCUGGGAGUGAUCUGCAACCUGUGAAAAGACCUGAUGGAGGCGGCAGGCAUUCCAUUCAGCCGCUGAAGCUUCUCGCUAAUCAUUUCCGAGUGAAUUUCAAUCCAAAUACUAUCAUUACGCAUUAUGAUGUUGAUGUUAAGCAGGAGGUUCCACCCGAUGGUCAUUCUGCAAAAAUUCGGAAAUCCGACCUAACAAUGAUCAAGGACAAGCUGUUCUCUGAUGAUCCUUCUCGAUUUCCUCUGUCGAUGACUGCUUAUGAUGGUGAGAAGAACAUAUUUAGUGCAGUUCCACUUCCCGAAGGAAAGUUCCAGGUGGACUUCUCUGAUGCAGAAGAUAAGAAGACCAAGUCUUACAUCUUUACUAUAAAGGCUGUAAAUAGUCUGCAGUUUUGCAAGCUUCGUGAUUACUUGAGUACAGACAGCCAUGGCCGGUCUGUUCCACGUGACAUACUACAAGGAAUGGAUUUGGUAAUGAAGGAAAACCCAUCUAGGCAUAGAAUUUCAGUUGGUCGCAAUUUUUACCCAAAAGCGUUCAAUAACGAGGAUGAUCUUGAUGGUGGAAUUACAGCAUCUAAAGGCUUCCAACAAGGUCUGAAGCCCACUUCCCAGGGUCUUGCGCUGUGUCUGGACUACUCAGUUUUAUCAUUCCACAAGUGGUUGCCUGUCAUUGAUUUCCUUAAGGAGCAUAUUCGUGGAUUUAGAGAGGCAAACGAUGUGAAAAGAUUAAGAAAUCAAGUCAGUGAUUCAUUGGAAGGAUUGAAAGUUACAGUAACUCAUCGCAAGACCAAGCAAAAGUAUACUAUCAAAAGAUUAACUGAAAAAGACACAAGGAAUAUUUCAUUUGGUUUGGAGGAUCGUGACCAAGAGGGCAAGGUUUCGGUGAAAGACAUUAACCUUGUUGCGUAUUUUAAGGAAAAGUAUGCCAAGGAAAUCAUACACAAGGAUAUACCCUGCUUAGAUUUAGGGACAGCUGGUAAGAUAAACUAUGUACCAAUGGAAUUUUGUGUCUUGGUUGAGGGGCAGAGGUAUGCAAAGGAGAAUUUGAGCAGAGACGGAAGCCUGUUGUUAAAGAACAUGUCUCUGGCUCCACCGAGGGAAAGAAUGAACACUAUCUGUGAAAUGGUGCGGGCUGAAGAUGGACCUUGCGGAGGUGGUAUUGCUCAAAAUUUUGGACUUCAAGUUAUCCAGAGCAUGUCAAGAGUGGAAGGCCGUGUCAUUAAUCCACCUCAGUUGAAGGUUGGUGGUCCCAACGGCAUACUGAGUGUUGACAGGGAGAAGCGUCAGUGGAACCUUGUGGGGAAAUCGGUUGUGGAGGGCAAACCAGUUGAACGCUGGGCAUUGAUAGAUUUUAGCUGCUCUAAAUAUUCCAGAUUAAAUAUUGACCAUUUUGUUCAGAGCCUAAGAAGUCGGUGCCAAAAGCUUGGGAUUCGGAUGGAGGAACCACUUGUUUGUCGUCAAACUAAUAUGAGGCCAUUCUCUGAUAUUAAUAUGCUUCGUGACGUCCUUUACGAUGUGGUUACGGAAGGUGCUACGAGAUGCCAAGGUCGACUGCAAAUCAUUGUGUGUGUGAUGGCUGGAGUUGAUCCUGGCUACAAGUUUCUGAAAUGGCUCUCUGAAACCCAGAUUGGCGUAGUUACUCAAUGUUGUUUGUCCAAACAUGCUAGCCAAGCGCGUGACCAGUACCUUGCAAACCUUGCUCUCAAGAUCAAUGCCAAGCUUGGCGGCAGCAAUACAGAGCUCGUAGAUCCGCUCCCCCGUUUCGAGGGUGAAGGCCAUGUUAUGUUUGUGGGGGCUGAUGUGAAUCACCCUCCUGCGAGCAAUAAAACAUGCCCUUCCAUGGCAGCAGUUGUUGCUACUGUUAAUUGGCCUGCUGCAAAUCGGUAUGCUGCCAGAAUUUGCCCUCAGUUCCAUCGGAAAGAACAUAUUCUGAACUUUGGGAGCAUGUGUCUGGAACUUAUCCAGACUUAUGCUAGGAUUAACAAAGUCAAGCCGCGGAGGAUAGUGAUAUUCCGUGAUGGGGUAAGUGAGGGGCAGUUUGAUAUGGUUCUCAACGAGGAGUUACGUGAUCUAAAGAAGGCCAUUUAUGCGGAAGAUUAUCAUCCAACAAUAACUGUUAUCGUAGCCCGGAAGAGACAUCAGACUCGUUUAUUUCCGGAGACUCCUAGGGAUGGGGGACCCACCGGCAAUGUGCCGCCUGGGACAGUUGUGGACAGAACAAUCACUCAUCCAUUUGAGUUUGAUUUCUACCUUUGCAGCCAUUAUGGGAUUCUGGGAACUAGCAAGCCUACCCACUACUAUGUUCUCUGGGAUGAGCACAACUUCACUUCUGACCAGUUGCAGAAGCUCAUCUACGACAUGUGCUUCACCUUCGCUCGGUGCACAAAACCAGUUUCUCUUGUUCCUCCGGUGUACUAUGCCGACCUUGUUGCGUAUAGAGGGCGGAUGUUCCAAGAGGUGGUGACAACGUUUAAUCCAGGCUCUGCAGCAGCAUCUUCAUCUUCAUCUUCUGUGGCAUCCUCGUCUGGUCCAUCAUUUGAUGAAGGGUUCUACAAGCUGCAUCCCGAGCUUGAGAACAUAAUGUAUUUUGUCUGAGUGCAGAAGACAACCGGCCAACCUCCUUUGGCAUAUAGGCUUUGAUGGAAGCUGAUUUUUGCGGACUGCACUUGAGCUCAGGGAGUGCAGAUCAAACCUCCAUUUCUCCAGCGGUAAAAGGAGUUUGUGCGUGAAUCUAAUCAGUAGUUUCAUGCUUUUGUGUUGCUUUUCCACCUGUGAGGUUAUGAAUAAACUAUAAUGCCAAUGUAGAAUUGGCAUGGUGUGUGUGUUCGUGGGUUUGUUGUUGGAUUUCAAGUUGAUGUGUUUUGUGGUCUUGUUCUUCUGGCUGCACUCUGCAGUGUGUAUGUUUCCAGUGUGUGGACUGAGUUUGUUACAUAUACAACAUUUUAAUGAUGGUUUGGUUGUGUUUUUUGCUA